GCAAACAACAACACAAACAACCUCGCCCUGCGUUCCAUUCUGGAUAAAGAUAAAUUGAACGGAACAAACUUUGUUGACUAGCAACGCAAUCUCUCCAUUGUUCUCCGCAUGGAUGAGAAAGAGUAUGUGCUCGAAAAGCCCAUUCCUCCUGCCCCUCCCGCUAACGCCCCAAAAGCGGUCAAAGAUGCCUACGAGAAACACGUUAAGGAUGACAACCAGGUUAGCUGUGUCAUGCUGGCUACCAUGAUAACCGAGCUGCAAAAACAGCACGAGGACAUAAAGGCCCACGAGAUGAUCGUGGCCUUGCGGCAGCUAUACCAGGGGCAAUCCAGGCAUGAACGUUUUCUUGUGAGUAAGGCUCUGUUUAGUUGCAAGCUCUCUUCAGGGAACCCGGUCGGUCCGCACGUUCCCAAAAUGAUUGGUUACAUAACCAAUCUGGAGAAACUCGGGUUUUCCUUGCAGAAGGAGCUGGCAACGGACUUGAUCCUGCAGUCGCUCCCUGAGCUGUAUAAGGGUUUUAUCAUGAACUACAUGAUGCAUGAUCUUGACAAACCCCUUCCGAAGCUUCUUAAAAUGCUCCAGACUGCAUAGGAGAACCUUACUAAGGGCAAGGGUGCUUCCGUCCUUAUGGUCCAAGGCGGAAAG